AUGUCAGCAGCAACAAACCCUGACCACUGGGAAAUUACAAAGCCGGGGGGGCCUCAGGGCGCACAAGCUGGAGCUAAGGGCAGCCUCAUGGCAAACAUCGCUCCGGCAGGGCCGGCGGGUUGGGGGUACCUCCUCCGGGACCAGGACCUUGGCAAGAUCCACAGGGCCGCCAGUCGCGGCAAAGUGGCCAAAGUGCAGCAGAUCCUGUUGCUCGGAAAAAAUGGCGUGAAUGACAAGGACAAAAAGAGCAGGACCGCUCUGCAUCUGGCCUGUGCCAAUGGCUAUGCAGAAGUGGUAACUCUCCUGGUAGAGAGAAAGUGCCAGUUGAACCUCUAUGACGGUGAACAAAGGACAGCUCUGAUGAAGGCUAUACAAUGCAAGGAAGAGGAAUGUGCAACCAUUCUGCUACAGCAUGGUGCUGACCCAGAUAUUGUGGAUGCCUGUGGCAACACGGCUCUCCACUAUGCUGCCUGUGCUGAGCAUAUACCACUAGCAGCCAAACUGCUUUCAUACAAUGCAAAUAUUGAGGCAAGAAACAAGGAUGACUUGACACCACUUUUACUUGCUGUAGAUGAAAGCAAACAGCAAAUGGUGGAAUUUUUAGUAAAGAAAGGAGCAAAUAUACAUGCAGUUGAUAAGUCAAAAAGCUGUCACCAACUGAUUUCUGAGUAUAAAGAAAAAAAGCUACUCAUGAGUUCCUCGCAAAAUAAUAAUCCAGAGCAGCUGGCAAUUACCCAAGAAACAUUGGACGCAAGUUUGCAAUUGGAGGAAAAGCUGAGAUUGCAGCGAACAUUACUUUCCAACAAACCUGGCAUUGAUGAUUCAUGGCCUACAUCAGACGAAGAAGACUUCAAUUUUGAUACCAAGACUCUCCCAAAACCAAGCUUAACAAAGCUAAUGACUGCUUCUCAGCAAUUCAGGAAAAACACAGAAGAAAAUCAUAGCAUUGUGAGACGAGAAAAUAGAACCUUGUUAGAGGACAAUAGUUCUGAUAGUGAACAUGAAGAAGAUGUGGUUGAAACCUUCCCAAAGUUGCCAGUCAGAGUCCAGGGCCUCUCUCAUGCUGCCUUUCCAUCACCUGACCCUCUUCUAAAACCUCCCCUCGAGUCUUCAGCAGUCCCUGGUGCUACAAAGGUAAAGUUGUGUUUUGUUUUGUUUUUAACUUUUUCCAUGCUUUUUCCACAUUCUGUUCCCUGCAUUCUCUUAAUUGUGUAUCAACUUAAAGAUGACAAGGAUUCUAGAAAGAAAUGGAGCUCCCCAAGUAAACAGCACUACUGGAAACAAGAAGGAACAACAAAGCUAGCAAUUAUAGAAAAAGAAGCUGGUAUUGGUAUUACUGAAAGUGCUCCAAGAGAACAAACGAAUAGUGGCAAUAUGACUUCUGUUGUUGGAGCACACAAAGAUGAUAGAAGUGAUAUGAUGUCAGCUUUAGAAUUGGGUGAAGAGGAAGAUAUAGAAUCAUCUUGGGAUUCUGAGAGCAUCUCUGAGAGUCUUCCACAGAAGUGUGUUGCUCAUUUAUCUGAAGUCACAGAUCAGAAAGGAAAAAAUAUAUUAAAUGGACAAAUAGAAGAUGUGUUUUAUAUACCUUCUUGCAUGAGUGGAUCAAGAAACUUUAAGAUGGCUAAACUAGAGGAUACAAGAAAUGUAGGCAUACCAGUAGCCCACAUGGAUUCUCCUGAGAAAUAUCCUCAUGUGAAGCCCAUGCAGCCUAUCGUUGAAAUGAAAGAUUCUGCACCUAAUAAAGCAGUGAGAAUCAAGGAUGUACAAACAUCCAAAUCAGCAGAACUAGACUUAAAAAUGAAAUCAGAGGAAGAACAAGAGAGGCUUGAUGGAAGUGAAAACAACCAACCACAGGUUGAAGAAGAAAGGAAGAAGCACAGAAGAAGUGAAAUGGAAGUAUCAGAAAACUUGUAUGCUGCUGCUGAGGAUGAUGAGGAUGGAUUCAUUCAACAAAGAAAGAGUGAAAAAACUGAUAGUCAGCAAUUUCCUAUUAAGGAUAAUGAUUCUAAUAGGCUUUCCAACAAACCUGGCAUUGAUGAUCCAUGGCCUACAUCAGAUAAAGAAGACUUCGAUUUUGAUACCAAGACUCUUCCCAAACCAAGCUUAACAAAGCUAAUGACUGCUUAUCAGCAAUUCAGGAAAAACAUAGAAGAAAAUAGUGGCAUUGUGAGACCAGAAAAUAGAACCUUGUUGGAGGACAGUAGUUCUGAUAUUGCACAUAAAGAAGAUGUGGAUGAAACUCUCCCAAAGUUGCCAGUCAGAGUCCGGGGCCUCUCUCAUGCUGCCUUUCCAUCACCUGACCCUCUUCUAAAACCUCCCCUCGAGUCUUCAGCAGUCCCUGGUGCUACAAAGGAAGGAACAAGAAAGCCAGCAAUUAUAGAAAAAGAAGCUGGUAUUGGUAUUACUGAAAGUGCUCCAAGAGAACAAACGAAUAGUGGCAAUAUGACUUCUGUUGUUGGAGCACACAAAGAUGAUAGAAGUGAUAUGAUGCCAGCUUUAGGAUUGGGUGAAAAGGAAGAUAUAGAAUCACCUUGGGAUUCUGAAAGCAUCUCUGAGAGUCUUCCACAGAAGUAUGUUGCUCAUUUAUCUGAAGUCACAGAUCAGAAAGGAAAAAAUAUAUUAAAUGGACAAAUAGAAGAUGUGUUUUAUAUACCUUCUUGCAUGAGUGGAUCAAGAAACUUUAAGAUGGCUAAACUAGAGGAUACAAGAAAUGUAGGCAUACCAGUAGCCCACAUGGAUUCUCCUGAGAAAUAUCCUCAUGUGAAGCCCAUGCAGCCUAUCAAUGAAAUGAAAGAUUCUGCACCUAAUAAAGCAGUGAGAAUCAAGGAUGUACAAACAUCCAAAUCAGAUUUUUCAGAUUGGGAUUCUACUAGUUUGACCCUCAAUAGUGAGCAUUGCAAAACAUCUGGGGAUUUGAAAGUUGAUGAUAAAUGUCUAUUUGUAUCACAAUCAAUCACCAAGAAUCAGUCAGCAUCCACAGAAUGCGGACAGAUGACCUUAAUAGAUAAAGAGAAGUUUAGUACUGGAACUAUAUUUCUAUUAGAGAAUUAUUCUCUCCAUGACCCGUGUGAAUCACAGCUAUCAGAAAAGAAAGAGAGCAAAGAAGAACUAGACUUAAAAAUGAAAUCAGAGGAAGAACAAGAGAGGCUUGAUGGAAGUGAAAACAACCAACCACAGGUUGAAGAAGAAAGGAAGAAGCACAAAAGAAGUGAAAUGGAAGUGUCAGAAAACUUGUAUGCUGCUGCUGAGGAUGGUGAGGAUGGAUUCAUUCAACAAAGAAAGAGUGAAAAAACUGAUAGUCAGCAAUUUCCUAUUAAGGAU